UAAUGCAACUCCGCGGAUGGUCAGUACCACUCUGCUAGCGCGUUGUGGAACACAACGUUCAUUAUUUUCCAUUCAAGGAAUUAUCCGUUACAUACUGUAUAUUUUGAAUGAGUUAACCACCUUGCAAUGUUUUGAAAUGCGGGCUUUUAUUUUUAAGGUUUCGCAUUACCAUAGAGAGGUGACAUUAUCGUUAGUGCUGCUAGCAAAAUAGUAGUGUACAGUAGUUGUCAGGGGAAUGGCGUGUUGUCCGUCUCAAAACAAACGCCACGAAUAUAUUUGUGGCAGAAAUGAGAGGUCGGACGCAUAUUUUUAUUUUUUUUCAAUGUUAAUAUAUGAUCACUGCACCAAAAACCUUCGAAUGUGUAAAUCGCACACCUUUUGAUAUGGCUCUUCUCCCUCUAUUUUUGGAGGUACGCAGCACGGACUGCUGAAACCGCAACGUGAACAAGAGACGUUGGAUGCAGUCUCCUGUAAGUGUGAUAUGUGUAGCUAGCUAACGUUACUGUGAAUUUAACCAAAGUACCGCUAAGCUUCACGUUUCGUCGCUUAUUGAUUUAUUUUACAGAAAAUAAUAACAUUAACUAGCUAGUUGACAUGUACUGUAACGGAGAAUGUGGGUUGUAUCACUAUGCUAUGAUAAUGAUUGAGUCUGGGCAGUAUGGAUUGUGCACUCAUGCGGUAACUUUUAUGACUUAACGUAGCCUACCAGAAAGAACUGACUGCAUUAUUUAACACGUCAAUUGACGUCUUUCUCGGUACCAGGGUCAAAAAGGUACUCAGAACAACAAACCAGCGAUAAGCUUAUGGUCCAUCAUCAUAUCAGGUCAAAGAUGAUUGAACCACAGGACCGCGACAGUGAUGAACAUGAUGAAGCCGUUCCAUUACCAACCCUACCCCCUAUGCCACGAGAGCGGGUCACGUUGCAGAAGAGCAACGUGUGCUCCCGCUCUUACUUCAUGGUGGUGAUGGUCUUUUUUCAUGUAUACAUCAUCAAUGUCAUUGCGCUACUCCUCUACGUGCACUACAACAACAGCCCUGGAGAGGUACUGGCCACCCCGAACAGGGACGAGGCAAGCGGUGGAAGCAAUCAUCACAAGCCCCCCGAGUUCAAACAGCAACAGUCAGAUUCUUUCUUUCAGCAGGACAUGUACCUUCCACGCCUAGAGGGCAUACGGGUGGGCCAUGUCCAGAAGUUGUCACUGGUGCCAGGCAAUGUGCAUGAGAUGCGGACCCUGAGUCUGAAGCCCCUGCUGUUUGAGAUCCCAGGGUUCCUGUCUGAAGAGGAGUGUCGUGUGGUGGUGCAGCUGGCCCAGCUGAAGGGCCUGAUGGAGAGCCAGGUGAUGGUGCCUGAAGGACAGGAGGAGCUGACGGAGCAGCUCAACCUCAGCCCUGAGGAGAUCUUCAACCUGCUAGACCUCAACCAGGACGGACAGCUACAACUCCAGGAGAUAUUGACACAUUCACGAGUGAGGGAUGGGAUCUGGCUGACACCAGAGAAUCUGAAAGAGAUCUAUGCUGGACUGAAGGCUGACCCUGACGGUAACGGCUUGCUGAGCCUGGAGGAGUUCAGGCGUCUGGGCAGUGAUGCGUUCCAGCGUUUCUUGCAGCAGCGCGGGGUGAAGAGCAGCCAGCUGGUCAGGAACAGCAGACACACCUGGCUGUACCAGGGACAGGGGGCACACCAGGUUCUCCGAGACCUCAAGAAGAGGGUGGCCCGUCUGACCCGGCUGCCCUCUGCGUUGGUGGACCUGAGUGAGCCCCUCCAGGUGGUACGUUAUGAGCAGGGGGGCCACUACCACGCCCACCACGACAGCGGCCCUGUCUACCCUGAGACCGCCUGCACGCACACGCGCCUCGCUGCCAACACCUCCACACCCUUCGAGACCUCCUGCAGGUACAUCACCGUUCUCUUCUACCUGAACUCUGUUGAGGGGGGCGGGGAGACCGCGUUCCCUGUGGCAGACAACAGGACCUAUGAGGAAGUGUCUCUGAUCCAGAACAAUGUGGAUCUAAUGGACACUAGGAAGAACUGUAAUAGGAGCAACCUGAGGGUAAAGCCUACUAAAGGGACAGCCGUGUUCUGGUACAACUACCUUUCUGACGGACAAGGCUGGGUGGGGGAGCAGGAUGAGUAUUCUCUGCACGGCGGCUGUGUGGUCACCCGCGGCACUAAGUGGGUGGCCAAUAACUGGAUCAACAUCGACCCAGACUACCAGCGCCAGGCUCGCUACCAGCAGCUGGUGUCACAGCAAGGGGAAGAGGACGAGGGGGAAUAUGAGGGGGAGGGGGAGCAGCCUCAGUCUCAGCCCAGCCCUGAACAACUGCAAACUGCUGACUCCCAUCAGGAACUGUAGCUGUACUGCUGUAGCCUAGAAACCGAAAAACAAUGACCUCCCCUUAGGUCCACUAAUUACACUAGUUCCAAUCUCAGAAGAGUUAUGGGUGGUUCAGACAUUGUAGUUAGUGGGCCUAGACUUCCCCCACCCCUCUUCAGCCUAAAGCUACCACAAAGAUACCUCACUACCCACCUCCCCAACCUAACUUGACUCUGCCAUGCUGUGCACAACCUCCCAUGACGACACCUCUGCGGCCAGUACAUAGAGAGAUAUUUGAUAUUCAGGGACUGUGGUCACUUUGGAUUUAUGCAACUGAGAAGGGGUCUAAUGUUGUUGUUCAGAUGUCCUUGUUUGUUCACUAUUAGUUGUGUUUCCUCAGCUGAAUUUAUGCAUACUUCCAAACUUUGUUUACGUUAUAUACUUAUGCACAAUUUUACCUUCUGUGUGUCACAAAGCAUUAGUGUUAUAUUUUUUUGUGAGUGAGACUGGCGCUCUGAUACACACAUUGCGGAGGGGGGGGUUGACUAUGCUACUACUUGCAUGUACGUACCUUCAUAUGAGCUGUUAGGCUAGACUUUAUACAGGUUUUUAGUGUGUCAUGAUAGCCAUAGACGACUUUAUAGACUGUGUCAGCUGUAAUCCUCGUUUUUAUUUUUAGCUUGACGAUGUCUGUCAUCACCCAAAGACCUCCCCAUCCAUGUGACGAAGCAUGUUAACUGUUAUUUAAGUAUUGCACAAAUUUACUUCAUUAUUUUAUUUGUUAGUUUGUUUAUUUAUUCUACAUUCUUUAUGUAUAUACAGUACCAGUCAAAAGUUUUGACACACCUACUCAUUCAAAGGUUUUUCUUUAUUUUUGCUAUUUUCUACAUUGUAGAAUAAUAGUGAAUACAUCAAAACGAGGAAAUAACACAAAUAGAAUCAUGUAGUAACCAAAAAAGUGUUAAACAAAUCAAAAUAUAUUUUUAAUUCUUCAAAGUAGCCACCCUUUGCCUUGAUGACAGCUUUGCACACUCUUGGCAUUCUCUCAACCAGCUUCGUGAGGUAGUCACCUGGAAUGCAUUUCAAUUAGUUGUGUUACGACAAGGUAGGGGUGGUAUACAGAAGAUAGCCCUAUUUGGUAAAAUACCAAGUCCAUAUUAUGGCAAGAACAGCUCAAAGAAGCAAAGAGAAACAAUCUAUAAUUAUUUUAAGACAUGAAGGUCAGUCAACACGGAACAUUUCAAGAACUUUGAAAGUUUCUUUAAGUGCAGUCCAAAAAAUCAUCAACACUAUGAUGAAACUGGCUCUCAUGAGGACUGCCACAGGAAAGGAAGACCCAGUGUUUCCUAUGCUGCAUAUGAUAAGUUCAUUAGAGUUACCAGCCUCAGAAAUUACAGCCCAAAUAAAUGCUUCACAGAGUUCAAGUAUCAGACACAUCUCAACAUCAACUUUUCAGAGGAGACUGUGUAAAUUAGGCCCCCAUGGUUGAAUUGUUGCAAAGAAACCACUACUAAAGGACACCAAUAAGAAGAAGAGACUUGCUUGGGCCAAGAAACACGAGCAAUGGACAUUAGACUGGUGGAAAUCUGUCCUUUGGUCUGAUUAGUCCAAAUUUGCGAUUUUUGGUUACAACUGCCGUGUCUUUGUGAGAUGCAGAGUAGGUGAACGGACCUCUGCGUGUGUGGUUCCCACUUGAAGCAUAGAGGAGGAGGUAUGAUGGUGUGGGGGUGCUUUGCUGGUGACACUGUCAGAUUUAUUUAGAAUUCAAGGCACACUUAACCAGCCUGGCUACCACAGCAUUCUGCAGUGAUACAGUACGCCAUCCCAUCUGGUUUGUGCUUAGUGGGACUAUCAUUUGUUUUUCAACAGGGUAUUGAACCAACACACCUCCAGGCUGUGUAAGGGCUAUUUGACCAAGAAGGAGAGUGAUGGGGUGCUGCACCAGAUGAUCUGGCCUCCACAAUCGCCCGAACACAACCCAAUUGAGAUGGUUAGGGAUGAGUUGGACCGCAGAGUGAAGGAAAGCAGCCAACAAGUGCCCAGCAUAUGUGGGAACUCCUUUAAGAUUGUUGGAAAAGCAUUCCAGGUGAAGCUGGUUGAGAGAAUGCCAGGACUGUGCAAAGCUGUCAUCAAGGCAAAGGGUGGCUACUUUGAAGAAACUAAAAUUUCAAAUAUAUUUGGAUUUGUUUUAACACUUUUUGGUUACUACAUGAUUCCUUAUGUGUUAUUUCAUAGUUCUGAUGCCUUCACUAUUAUUCUACAAUGUAGAAAAUAGUAAAAUAAAAUAAAAACCUUGAAUGAGUAGGUGUGUCCAAACUUUUGACUGGUACUGUAUAUAUGUAUUUUUGUGUCACUUGCAUCCAUUACUUCUCAUCCUACUACAGGUAUUGAAUUUCUAUUGAUUUGAAGUAUUAUUUAUUACUUAUUUAUUCCAAAUGUUUCACUUUCCACGUUGUGUUGUUCACCUUGUUUGAUGUUUGUUUCAAAAUGCACUGAAUCACUUUCCUCUGCUCCAAAUAAAGUUUACUUUAGAUUUUGAA